ACGAGUUUGAAAGAAGCUCAGUUCAUUCUGCAGUCCAAAAAUCCGCCUGGAAUCAUAAGCAAUGUCCGAGAAGAAGCGCAUCUAUCUCUUCAACUGCGAUAACACUUGCGAUCUUACCGUAGUUGACGCUUUGAUUCGAGCCGUCCAAGAGAAAAUACCGUUUAAUUUUACGGUAUCGAAACGUUAUUUUAAUCUCCAUGACAUAUCUCAAUUCUGCGACAACACCAUUGCUAAACUUCAUAUUGAUUUCGCUUUUCUUGUGAUUCAUGCCGAAGAAUCUUGUCUAUCAUUCAAUGAAAGUAAACCGGAAGGCGGAUACACCAAAGUUUACAGAGCAUUGAUGGACGCUACCGACGAGAAGGUCGCUGUGGUCAUUGGUGGAGAUAGUCAUUACAAAAAUCAAGCACAGGAGGAUCAAUAUGUCUUGUCCCGCUGGGCACUUCGGGUUGUCAGCCCCCAGCUAAAGGAGGAGUUCCGUGAUGGAAGAAAAAGCUUUGUAUUUUCUUGGAAUGAAAAGCACAGAACAAUUCAUGAGAAGGCACUGCUGCAGUUUCUUGAUCCAGAGAAAGCAGGAGUCAAAUUUGUUUGUCAGUCAGAGAGGUUUGCGAAACUGGAAGCAGCUGCUGUUGUUGAGAAGUCAUUUUCUGCACUUGACGUAGGAACUUGCGAUAUUGUGGAUUCUUUGACCAAGGAGGGCACAAAGGGUAUCGUGGAUUUCAUGGGUCUCUGUUGUGACCAAUCAGCCGCGACAGUUAUCAAGGACAUUUACCCCCUGUUAGGCACUCCUACUGACAUACAUGUUAGUAGCCCCAAAGAGCUGAAAUCGCAUCUACUGGAGGGUACCUGUGUGUCGUUGUGUGUAAUUGAGCUGCAGGCGAAUGAUUUAAAAGAAAUUGCGUCGUCAAACGAAUGGGAUAAAUCUGACUUUGGAGAUCUGCUGAGGACUGCUCAAAAAGCAGCUGACAGAGUGGUAGUCGUUGUAAUGUACUCAGACAGAACAAAGGAGACGUUACCAUUAUCACAAAGUGAAGAAGUCCAAAUAACUGAGAAAGUAGAGUUGUUCAUUGGCGAGAAAGGCAUUGUUCUUUGGUGGAGAGGCAAACCCCGUAAGUCAGAACCAUGUGGAAAAACGUUACCACAAGCAGGGGCCCGACUGAGUAUCGACUGAAAAUCAAUGCAAAGAAGUGUUAAACGAUAUGAAACAGAUGUAAAUUUUCCAAAUGAAACUUAGAAGUCAUGAUAUGAAAC